CAUUCCUGUGAAGCACAUUUAUUUAAGCACUUAGUGCUGGUGGAGCUGCAGUGAGAGCUGUGAGAGGGUUAGUCGCUGGUUAUAAGGUGAACAGUUAGACUGAGUUUCAGGCAGAAGCAGCAGAAGAUGAAGUUGCUGCUUUUGUUGUUUCUCUUGGAGCAAACAUCAGCUCAACAGAGAGGUUUGUUUCCGGCCAUCUUGAAUCUGGCGAGUAACGCCAUCAUCAGCAGCAAUGCCACGUGUGGAGAUCCAGAUCCUGAGGUUUACUGUAAACUGGUCGAUCAUGUUCCAGGACGAAAGAUCAGGAACUCACACUGUCCUAAAUGUGACGCCAACUCUGUCCUGUCCAAAGAACGUCAUCCAAUCACAAACGCCAUCGACGGAACAAACCAAUGGUUCCAGAGUCCGAGCAUCAAGAAUGGACGACAGUUUCACUGGAUCACCAUUUCACUGGAUCUCAAACAGAUUUUUCAGGUCGCUUACAUCAUCAUCAAAGCAGCUAACUCUCCUCGACCUGGUAACUGGAUCCUGGAGCGCUCUCUGGAUGGUGUGACCUUUGAACCGUGGCAGUUUUACGCCAUCAGUGACACUGAGUGUUUGACUCAUUACAAUGUGACUCCAAGACUCGGUCCACCGACGUACAAGAGGGACACGGAAGUCAUCUGCACGUCCUACUACUCCAGACUCAACCCUCUGGAACAUGGAGAGAUCCACACCUCUCUCAUUAAUGGGCGACCUGGUGCAGACGAUUUGACCUCUGACCUCCUGAACUUCACGUCAGCUCGUUACAUCAGACUGAGACUUCAGCGAAUCAGAACGCUGAAUGCAGACCUGAUGACGCUGAGCACCCACGACCCCCAAGACAUCGACCCCAUCGUGACCCGGAGGUAUUAUUACUCCAUCAAAGACAUUUCUGUGGGUGGGAUGUGCAUCUGUUAUGGACACGCAAAGAGCUGCCCAUUGGACCCCGUUACCAAGAAGCUGCAUUGUGUGUGUGAACACAACACCUGUGGAGAGAACUGUAAUGAAUGUUGCCCUGGUUACCACCAGCAGCCAUGGCAACCAGGAACCAUCUCUGACGGAAACACAUGCGAGAAGUGUAACUGUCACAACAAAACCUUUGAGUGUUUCUUCAAUCAAACGGUCGCCAAACUCUCGCUGAGUCUCGACUCUGCUGGAGUUCGCCGUGGAGGCGGAGUUUGUGUCGACUGUCAACAAAACACAGACGGAGUCAACUGUGAGACGUGUCGAGACGGAUACUACAGACCUGAGGGGGUUUCUCCAUACUCAGAGUCUCCGUGUGUAAAGUGUAACUGUGACGUCAGAGGAUCUUCAUCAUCAGUUUGUGUCAAAGACGACAAAAAACAAUCCGGUCAGUGUGUGUGUCUGCAGGGUUUCACAGGCCGACAGUGCGACCGUUGUGCGUUUGGUUACAGAGAUUUUCCGCGGUGCGUUCGCUGUGAGUGUAACCUGUCAGGCAGCACCAACAGUGACCCCUGCAGGCGGUGCAGCUGCAAGCUAAACGUGAUGGGCGCUCACUGUGAUCUCUGUAAACCAGGUUUCUUUAACCUUCACAAGAACAAUCCUCUGGGCUGCAGCGACUGUUUCUGUUUCGGCGUCUCUGACGUCUGUGAGAGCUCCACCUGGUCCACGGCUCAGGUGUAUCAUAAAGAUGCUUGGCUCCGCCCCGCUGAGUCACUCCUCAGCCCAGCUGCUAUUCAUGAUAAUGACCUCAUACCCAGCAAUGCAUCCUCAGGCCACACCCACCAACUGCUGUCAUGGACAGCACCCACCAAUUUUCUUAGCAACAAGCUGGUGUCUUAUGGGGGUUACCUAAAGUACUCGGUGAUUUAUGACAUCCCAUUUGACAAUGAAGACCGCUCUCUUCCCGCCUACUCUGACGUCAUCAUUGAGGGAAAUGGUGAAGGUGUCCGUCUGUCUCCUCGUGUCCCGGUUCUUCUGUCUCCGCUGGCUGAGCACUCUGUUGCUGUGGCAAUCGUCCCACAACAUUUUGUUCACGACCAAACAGGAGUGGACGUAACUCGUGACGUCCUGUUGUCUGUCCUCACUAAUGUGACGUCACUGAGGGUCAGAGUUCACCUGGACGUCCCUGCAGACAAACUCAUACGUCUCAGGUCUGUAUCUCUGGAUGUUGCUGACUCAGGAUCAGACUCUGGGAUUCAGGCGGUUGCCGUGGAGACAUGUGAAUGUCCAUGGGGUUACAGUGGCACUUCCUGUGAGUCAUGUCUCCCAGGGUUUUACAGAGUGGGCGGAGUCAUGUUUGGAGGAAACUGUAUGCAGUGUGAGUGUAACGAUCACGCCGUCGAGUGCGACAUGGACGGAGUUUGUUUGGAAUGUGAGCACAACACCACAGGUCCUCACUGUGAUCACUGUCUCCCUGGUUUCUAUGGCGACGCCACAGAGGGGACGACACAUGACUGUCAGCCUUGUCCGUGUCCUCUGACAGAGCCGUCCAACAGCUUCAGUCCCACCUGUGUGUUGGCGACGUCAGGUCAGGUGUCAUGUGACCAGUGUCAGGUGGGAUACACAGGAGUGAACUGUGAGAGGUGUGCCACUGGUUACUAUGGUAACCCACAGGUGGUGGGCGGGACCUGUGUUCGUUGUGAGUGUAACGGUAAUGUGGACGUAACCAAAGCUGGACACUGUGACACUGUCACUGGAGAGUGUCUUCAUUGCCUUGGCAACACAACUGGGAGACACUGUGAAGUCUGUCAGCCUGGUUACUAUGGAGACGCCGUACAGGCAAAGGACUGUCAGGAGUGUGGGUGUGAUGUCAGUGGUGCCAUCUCCAGUGUUUGCAAUGUCACAACAGGUCAUUGCUCAUGUCAAGAAAAUGUGACAGGACGCACCUGUGACAUGUGCCAGAUGGGGUUCUUUGGCCUGAGAAGUGGGCGGGGUUGCUCAGCCUGUAAUUGCAGCCAAUCAGGAUCCGUGUCUGUGACAUGUGAUGAGGAUGGUCAGUGUCAGUGUGUGAGCGGUGUGGGCGGAGACAAGUGUGAGCGCUGUAGUAGAGGUUACUAUGGUUACCGUCAGAGUGGCUGCACAGCAUGCACCUGUGAUCACACUGGUGGGAACUGUGACCCAGAGAGUGGAGAGUGUGUAUGCCCCGCCCACACAGAGGGAGACACCUGCGAUAGGUGUGAGAUAGGGUACUGGGGUCAUGACCUCAACACUGGCUGUAAGCCAUGCAGCUGCAGCACAGCAGGAAGCUCCUCCCCUCAGUGUGACAUCACAAAUGGGCAGUGUCAGUGCAAAGAGGGCUUCUCUGCCAGGUCAUGUGACCAGUGUGUACCUGGUUACCAUGGUUACCCAGCAUGCUCUGUGUGUGGCUGCGACUCAGCGGGAACAGACGAGCGCUUCUGCAACUCGACUCUGGGAGUGUGUGACUGUGAGCACGGAGGAGUGUGUGUGUGUAAGGUGGGUGUGGCCGGGCGUCACUGUGAGGAGUGUGUCUCUGGUUGGUUUGGUCUGUCAUCGAUGAAUCCACACGGCUGCUCUCAGUGUUUCUGUUCAGGACUGAGCCGAGACUGUGAAGAGAGGGGAGGAGUCUACAGAAGACAGGUCACCCUGGCUCGCUCUCCGUCUCUCCUGACUGUGGUCAGUCAGUAUAACCUGCAGGGUUUAGUGUCUGGAGUUUACCAACAGGGCGGCGACAUGUUACUUGACACUCGUCAGGUGGACUUAAGCAGACUCACCGGCCCCCUCUACUGGAGACUGCCCCCCCAGUUUGAAGGUGACCAGCUGAUGUCCUACAGUGGCCUCCUGUCUUACUCCGUCACGUUCUUUGCUGAAGACGGUUCAGGACUGUCCAAUCAGGAGCCCCAGGUGAUGAUGAGGGGCGGUACUCUGAAGAAGCAUGUGAUAUACACUGACAUGGUUGCCCCGAGCAACGGCAUCAAGACCCAGCACAACAUCAGGAUGACAGAGUACAAAUGGAAGUAUUUUAACUCUGUGUGGGAGGAGUCAGUGAGUCAUGAAGACUUCAUGUCCGUCCUCAGUAAUGUCCAGUACGUGAUCAUCAAAGCAUCGUAUGGAACCAGACUUCAGCAGAGCAGGAUUUCCAACAUCACCAUGGACACAGCAGUGGAGGAGGAGUCAGAGGAAGAGUCUGAUGUCAUAGGGGCCGUGGCCAGAUUUAUCGAGUCCUGCAUUUGUCCACUUGGAUACAAAGGACUGUCGUGUCAGGAGUGUGCGUUGGGUUAUUUCCGUCAGCCUUGGUCUGAGUUGUCCUCUCAGAGACAGACGUCCAUGGUUGUCCGUCCAUGUGUCCAGUGCCGCUGCAACAAUCACAGUGAGACCUGUGACAGUGAGACAGGAGAGUGUCAGGACUGUCAGCAUCACACCAGUGGGCAGCGCUGUGAGCUCUGUGCCCCAGGGUAUCAUGGGAAAGUCAGUGGCUCCAUCAGUGACUGUUCUCUGUGCGCCUGUCCACUCAGAGACAACAGUUUCAGUUCCACGUGUGUGUCAGAGGGAGCGUUUGGUGAUUUUCGCUGCACUUCCUGUCAAACAGGAUAUGAGGGAAGAUAUUGUGAGAGGUGUUCUGUUGGUUACUAUGGUAACCCCUCAGUGCAUGGUGGGAGGUGUUUUUCAUGUACCUGCAGUGGGUGGGGCUCGCUCCACCCACUGUGUGACACAGUCACUGGACAAUGUGAGUGUAAGGCUGGGGUCAAAGGUCAGUCCUGUGAAAGGUGUGACGAGAGAUAUAUCCUGGAUGGAGGAGAGUGUGUAUUGUGUGAGGACGGUUGCGUGGACGUUCUUCUCGACGAUCUUGACAAACUACACAACGUCUUUGUCUCUGCUAAUGUCAGCGGGAUUUCCAUGGCACCGUACGGCCAGCUGGUGGCACUAGAGAACCAGACCAGAGGCUCCUCCCAGUUCAUGUUUUCACAGAACAACUCUGUCAUGUUCCGUCUGUCCCGAGUGGACGACGACUUGGAUCAUGUGACCUCUGAACUCAGCACGUUACUGCGACAGGUCACACAUCUGUCCGACCACAUGGAGGAAGUGGACGUGUCGACCAACACCAGCCUCUCCCAGGGUGCACUGCUGCUGAGGAACAUCGGCAGACUUCAGGAGAGGAUUCUGGUCCUGCAGAGUCAGGCAUACCAUGUGACCCAGACCGCAGGGGAGGAGUUUGACUCGGCCAAUCAGACACAUUUACUCGAUGAGUUACAGGUGAUGUUGGAAACCAUGAGAGGCAUCAAUGUAGCAGCUGCCAGUGCAACAGCAGAUCAGGAGCUCAGCCUGUCACAGUCUCUGUGGAACUCACUGCAUGUGGACUUUAUGUCCAGCAGGGCUGCGCGCAACAUCAGGCUCCACGGCCUCGCUGCCUCACUGACCGUCCACAUGGAGGCGCUGCAACACAUCAGCGCACAUCUGGACCAUGCUGAAGACAAAAACACGCACACACACACACUGCUGCAAUCUACACACACACUGCUGCAGCAGCACAAGGCUGUCUGUCAGAGCCUGAGUGUGGCGUACGUGUCUGUGGAUGCUGUGAUGGAGGACGCUCAGCUGUUGUUGGACGAUGUCUUCAGUCUUGUGGAUGAGUUGACAAACACCAGUGCACAGGUGGAGCUGAUGGGUGGGCAGUUGGACCAGUGGCACCCCCUGCUGAGGAAGCAGGUGGACAAUUUGGUUGUGGGACUGAAGAGGACGGAUGCCCUGGAAAAUGUCUAUAAAGCAGAGAGCCACGCCAACCUGCUGCAGAACUACGCUCUCUCUGUGCACAGUUCUCUCUCUUCUGUGUGUAAUGGAUCUCAAAAUGGCCGUCAACUAUUUCAGCUCGACGGUGACAUCACACAGCAGGUUGACUUUGCCCAGCAACUGGCGUCGUUAGCCCAGGUCUCCUCCUCCUGUGCUCUCAACAUGAGCGUCCAAUCAGAGCAGCUUCUGUCAGAGGAGACGAGAGACAAACUCAACGUCAGCAACACUGUUUUACACCAAAGUCAACAACUUCAUCAAACUGUUGAAGAUUUGCAGCUGAACAUCUCCAUGGUAACCAGCAGUCUGCGACUGGUCAGAGAGAGUGUCCAAAACUCAAGUCUUCUCCUCCAUCAGCCAAUCAGAGAGCUGCAGAGUCUCCACGGUUCCUCAAAAUCAUUACGUCUGGCUCAGCUACAGACUACAGCUGCACACUCUGGCCUGCAGAUGGUGCUGCAACAGAUGCAGAGACUCAGUGAUCAGCUGCAAGAUUCUUCUUCUGUGGUGGAAAAUACCAUCGACACAGUGAGAGACACAAAUGAGCUGGUGAUGCAGACACGCGCUGCAGCCAAUGAGGCACAGAGUAAACUGGAGGAGGCAGAGCAGCGCACAGAGCAUCUGAUAGAGCGAAUCAAGCCGCUGAGCAUUCUGGGAGAAAAACUGGGACGUAACCUGUCAGACAUUAGAGAGCUGAUCGAUCAGGCCAGAAGACAGGCAGCAUCGAUUAAAGUGGCCGUGCAGGUGGACAGAGACGGAGACUGUGUGCGUUCAUACAGACCAGAGAUCCAGUCGAGUCAUUUCAACAGUCUGAGUCUCGUCCUGAAGACGACGACUCGACAAAACCUGCUGUUCUACCUGAGCAGCAACACCACGGUGGACUACCUGGCGGCAGAGAUGCAUGAUGGGAAAGUGUCUCUGGUGUGGAAUCUGGGUUCAGGCACCAGCAGACUGGACUUUCCUGAACUCGACAUCGCCAACAACAAAUGGACCAGAAUCAAUGCUACACGGUUUGGCACCCACGUGUCUCUGUCAGUCCAUCGGCUGGAAUCAGAGACACACCCACUGCCCGCGGUAACAAGCUCAUCACCAGGUUCUUCUCGAGUUUUAGACAUUGACAGAAACUCUGUGAUCCACAUUGGAGGACUGGGAGCUCACACUCAGAGCACCGCAGCUCUGAGGUCGACAACUUUUCAGGGUUGUCUGAGUGAAGCUUCACUCAACGAGAGGAACAUCGGACUGUGGAACUACGACAGCAGAGAAGGACAGUGUGGAGGCUGCUUCAGCAGUCCACAGACUGAGGAGACGUCCUUCCACUUUGAUGGUUCUGGAUUCUCAGUGGUCCAGAAGUCUCUGCGUGCAACUUCCACCUCCAUUGUUCUGCUGUUUAAAACUCUGUCACCUGGUGGAUUAGUGCUGUACCUGGCCUCCAACAACACUAGAGACUUCCUGUCCAUAGAACUGGUGGAAGGGCGUGUACGUCUGACCUUUGACCUUGGCUCAGGUGCUCUAACCCUGACCUCCAACAGGAAGUAUAACAGCGGUGUGUGGUACAAGAUCACGCUGCAGAGGAACAAACGCAAAGUUUACCUGUCCAUCAUGGCUGCUGACCAAUCAUCGGAGAAGGAAGUGUUGGAAGGGGAGUCUCCUGGAACGGCCUCUGACCUGAACCGCUCCGACCUGGACCCCAUCUACAUCGGAGGACUUCCUGUGUCCAGACCAAUCAGGCGACAGGUUGUGUCCAGGUCCUAUGUCGGCUGCAUAAAGAACGUGGAAAUAGCACGUUCCAACUUUGACCUGCUGCGAGACGCAUUCGGUGUCAGGAAGGGCUGCGUCGUUAAGGCUGUUCGCAGUGUGUCGCUGCUGAACACAGGCUUUGUUCAGAUCCCUCCCACAUCACUAGGUCGGGAGGCGGAGCUUCUCUUCUCCUUCUCCUCCAACAACCAGUCAGGAAUCUUGCUGGCUGGCUUCAGCUCAGACAAACAGCACUUCUUGUCUGUUCAACUGGUCUCAGGUGUAUUAGAGGUGGAGCUUGGUGAAGGAGGCAGAGCCACUCAGAGGGUGAAGGUGAUGAAACCUGAUGGAGGAUCGUUCAGCGAUGGAAAGACACAUUCUGUGAUUGUCUCCAUCUACAAGAAGUCUCUGUCCAUACAGGUGGACGAUGAUCAUCUGAAGUCCGUCCCUCUUUUGUCAUUUGGAUUCGCUCAUUCGUCUCCAACCUCCUUCUUCAUUGGUGGGCUGCCUUUAGGGGUGGAGUCACAUCUACCAAUCAGAUUACAUGAUUUAUCCAGACUGUUCAGAGGCUGCAUUCAUCACCUGGUAUUAGCUGGAGUACUUGUUGACCUAUCAGAAGCGAUCAGGUAUGAGGGGGCGGAGUUUGACAGCUGCCUGUUGGAGGAGAAAGUUGGUGAAGUUUUUUCUGACGAAGAUGAUGUGGAACCAACCCCAGACCCCACCCACCAAUCUGUUGCCCCGCCCACCCACCUUAGCGCACUGACACCUGGAGCACUCACGUGUGUUUCAGAGGCGGAGCCACAUUUCCUGUCGGCAGCAGCUCAGUUUGGUUUGUCCAAACAUAGUCACAUGACUUUCAUCAUUAACCCCAACACUGUCAGGAGGAGUCUCUCUGUUCGGUUGUCGAUUCGAACCCGAGCUUCAGACGGUUCCAUCCUCAUCCUCACUGACUCCAAACAUAUGGACUUCAUCAUCCUCAGACUGACAGGAGGAAGACUGAUGAUGUCAGCUGACCUGGGGAAAGGCCCCGCCUCCAUCACCUCAUCUGUUGUUGUUAAUGAUGGACACUGGCAUGACGUGAGUGCUGAGGUUAGUCGGCGGUCGGCUUCUGUGUCUGUCGACGAUUCAAGUCCCAAAUCAGUGACUGUGAAAGGAAAUCAGCUGGAUGUGGAUGAGCGUCUUUACCUGGGCUCGUUCCCACACACACACUCACACACGAGCAGCAGGAGACUCAACAACCUGAGCAGCAGUCUACCAGGUUGUCUUCGCUCUGUCAGUCUGAACGGAGCAAUGUUGGAUCUGACCAAGCCAACGUCACAACAUGAUGUCACUUCCUGUUUCAGCACCGACCAGACAGGAAGUUACUUUAACGGCAGCGGCUACGCCGUCUUCAUGCAUGAUGGGUACAAAGUUGGAUCAGAUUUGUCCGUGAAGCUGGAGUUUAGAACCAGCCAAUCAGACGGAGUGUUUGUGGGCGUCAGCAGUGCAAAGGUCGAUGCCAUUGGCCUGGAGAUGGUUAAUGGACAGGUGGUGUUUAACGUCAACAAUGGUGCAGGACGAGUGUCUGUACGUUCACUCGCUCAGGUGUUGUGUGACGGACAGUGGCACCACCUGCUGGCCACAAAAAACAAACACACCCUGAGUCUGACCAUAGAUGGGCGGAGUUACACCACCAUCAACCCUUACCCGCAAUCCACAUCUGCUGAGACCAACAACCCUGUUUACCUGGGUGGUUAUCCAGUGGGGGUGAGACAGAACUGUCUUUCCAUCAGCUCCAGGUUCAGAGGUUGUCUGCGGAACCUUCAGCUCAUCAAGUCUCACCUGAGUGACACUCUCAAACCAAGCUCCGCCCACUUCUUGUUGGGUGUUACACCCUUUUCAUGUCCUGUCUAGAGUAGUGGUUCCCAACCUUGUUAGCUUGAAGGCCCCGACCUGAGCCCCUGUCCAGGACACGCACUCAAAAAAGAAUAAAGUUUUUUUUGGUCUGAA